GGCGGCGGCGGCGCGUCCUCGUCCUCGGCCCGGCGCGGGCGGCGACCGGACGAGCGGCCUGGGCGCCCGAUGAGGCUGCUGGCGGGCUGGCUGUGGCUGUGCCUGGGCCUGGCGUCCGUGCGGCUGGCGCGGAGGAUGUGGACGCUGCGGAGCCCGCUCAGCCGAUCCCUCUACGUGAACAUGACGAGCGGGCCCGGCGGGCCGGCGGCGGCCGCGGGCGGCAGGAAGGAGAACCACCAGUGGUAUGCGUGCAACAGAGAGAAAUUAUGUGAAUCACUCCAGGCUGUCUUUGUCCAGAGUUACCUUGAUCAAGGAACACAGAUCUUCUUAAACAACAGCAUUGAGAAAUCGGGCUGGCUAUUUAUCCAGUUAUAUCACUCUUUUGUGUCAUCUGUUUUUAGCCUGUUUAUGUCUAGAACGUCUAUCAAUGGGUUGCUAGGAAGAGGCUCAAUGUUUGUGUUUUCACCGGAUCAGUUUCAGAAACUGCUUAAAAUUAAUCCAGAUUGGAAAACCCACAGACUUCUUGACUUAGGUGCAGGAGAUGGAGAAGUCACAAAAAUCAUGAGCCCUCAUUUUGAAGAAAUCUAUGCCACAGAACUGUCUGAAACUAUGAUAUGGCAGCUUCAGAAGAAGAAAUACAGAGUUCUUGGUAUAAAUGAAUGGCAGAAUACGGGAUUCCAGUAUGAUGUCAUCAGCUGCUUGAAUUUGCUGGACCGUUGCGAUCAGCCUCUGACUUUGUUAAAGGAUAUCAGGAGUGUCUUGGAGCCAACUCGAGGCCGGGUCAUCCUGGCCCUGGUCUUACCCUUUCAUCCCUAUGUGGAAAACGGUGGCAAGUGGGAGAAACCAUCAGAAAUUUUGGACAUCAAGGGACAGAAUUGGGAAGAACAAGUGAACAGUCUGCCUGAAGUUUUCCAAAAAGCUGGUUUUGUUAUUGAAGCUUUCACCAGACUGCCAUACCUGUGCGAAGGCGACAUGUACAAUGACUACUAUGUUCUGGAUGAUGCUGUCUUUGUUCUCAAGCCAGUAUAAACAUGUGGAGGCCCAAGUCUUCAGAGUCCACCCCAAGAAUGUCCACCCCAAAAGAGGGUCAGCAUUCACACUUCUGUGAAGGGAGGAACUUUGGGGGCUGCCAUUCUAAAUAUCAUGUAGGAAUUUUAAAAGCCAAAAUACUAAUUAUUUCUUUGUAGUGUGUAAAAGGAAUGUUUUUAAAAAACAAAAAUACAACUCUUUGAGGAUUUUUAUCAACUCUCUACUCAGUAAUGCAGGUCACAUUCCAGUUAUGGAAGAUAUUUUUUAUACUCAAUUGCAGUAGGGACACAUUCCCAGUCAAAGCAAUAGUCCUGGCUUCACAUGGAAACAAUAAACACGGAUUGUUUUUAAUGAAAAGAAGACUGGCAAUAAAGCUGCCCAUUCAGUUACAGAUAUCGAUUAUAAGGUGUAGCCACUGAUACUCUUUCAUGUUUAGAAAUUCUUCCUGUCAUUAUUCAAGAAAAUGUUUUUAAUCAUGCUAAUAAACUUUUUUGGAGAUGA